UUCAACGGCUCCGAAAUCAUAGGGUUUUCAGUGUCGCUCUUCUCCAUCAACCCUUUCUCACUAGUCACUCCCACACUCACCCUAUCACCGAUCAAAACCAAAAACAAAGAAAAACAUUAAAAAUUGAUUUUAAAAAUCUGACAUCGCCGCGGAUUUUGCAUAUCUGUUCUGGCCGCGGAUUUGUGGAAAUCGUUUUCAAACUGUGAUCACGAAUUUGCGUCAUUGAAUGAAAUGAUAAUCAGGGUUUGGUGCCUAAAAUAAGAUGGGCACCCCACCCAAAGUGUAUGAAGGUUCUCACAUUUGGGUUGAGGAUCCGGAGGUUGUUUGGAUUGAUGGGAAAGUGCUAAAGAUUCUCGGGGACGAAGUUGAAGUCGAAACAUCUGAUGGAAGGACGGUUACAGCUAGUAUAUCCAAAACAUACCCGAAAGAUGAAGAGGACCAUGCUGAGGGAUUCAACGACAUGACCAAACUGUCUUAUAUGCACGAAGCUGGAGUUCUGCAUAACUUGGAAAUAAGAUACCAAAUCAAUAAGAUUUAUACUUAUAGUGGGGGGAUUCUUAUUGCUGUUAACCCGUUUCAAAGACUUCCCGACUUAUACGACAUAAAGAUGAUGGAACGAUACAAAGGAGCACCAUUUGGUGAAUUGAGUCCACAUGUAUUUGCAAUUGGAGAGGCUGCCUUCAGAGAUAUGAUGAAUGAGGGGACAAGUAAUUCAAUACUGGUAAGCGGAGAAAGUGGUGCUGGUAAGACUGAAACUAGUAAGACUAAAACUACUAAGAUGCUUAUGCAAUAUCUUGCUUAUUUGGGUGGCCAUAAAGAAGGUGAAGGAAGAUCAGUUGAACAGCAAGUUCUUGAGUCAAAUCCAGUCCUUGAAGCAUUUGGAAACGCCAAGACUGUCAGAAAUAACAAUUCUAGCCGAUUUGGUAAAUUUGUUGAACUUCAGUUUGACCAUCAUGCAAGAAUAUCAGGGGCAGCCAUCAGAACAUAUCUGCUUGAGAGAUCUCGUGUAUGUCAAAUAUCACAUCCUGAGCGCAAUUACCACUGUUUUUACCUUUUGUGUGCAGCGCCAGAGGAGGACAUUAAGAAGUAUAAGCUGGGACAUCCGCAGACAUUUCACUACCUAAACCAAUCUACUUGCUUUGCGCUAGAUGAUGUGGAUGAUGCUCAUGACUAUUUGGCAACAAGGAAAGCCAUGAAUGUUGUUGGAAUUGGUCAAGAAGAGCAGGAUUCAAUCUUCAGAAUUGUCGCAUCAAUUCUCCAUCUUGGUAAUGUUAGAUUUGCCAAGGGGGAAGAGAUUGAUUCAUCGGUUCUCAAGGAUGAGAAAUCAAAGUUCCAUCUUCAGACUGCAGCAGAGCUUUUAAUGUGCGAUUCUAAAGCUCUGGAAGAAGCGUUACUGAAGCGUGUGAUGGUCACUCCAGAAGAAGUUAUUAAUAGAUGUCUUGAUCCUGAUGGUGUAAUAGUUAGUAGGGAUGGAUUAGCUAAGACUAAAUAUUCUCGCUUGUUUAACUGGUUGGUGGAAAAAAUAAAUUUAUCCAUAGGGCAAGAUUCGUCUUCGAGAAGUCUAAUUGGAAUCCUUGACAUAUAUGGUUUUGAAAGUUUUAAAACUAAUAGUUUUGAACAGUUUUGCAUUAAUUUUACCAAUGAAAAGUUGCAGCAGCAUUUUAAUCAGCAUGUUUUUGAGAUGGAGCAGGAGGAAUAUAUCAAAGAAGAGAUUGCCUGGAGCUACAUAGACUUUGUCGAUAACCAAGACGUUCUAGAUCUUAUCGAGAAGAAACCUGGAGGAAUUGCUCUUCUUGAUGAGGCCUGGUAUGGUAACACAUGUCAGUCUUCCUCAGAGCUGGUCAGUUGGCUACUUUAGAUGCUCACCGAGCAUUAAAACUAGGUGAUGCUGCAAAGGUGAUACAAAGAAAGACUAAAACUCAUAGGGCCCGAAAAAAUUAUUCAUCCACGGUCAAGGCAGCGGUUAUAUUGCAAUCUAUAUGUAGAGGAAUGCUUGCUUACAACUUUUACCAAGUUAUAAGAAAGGAUGCGGCUGCUCUUAAAAUCCAAACGGAUUGGAGAUGGCAUAAAUUCAAUCAGAACUACAACAGACUCAAGAGAGCAACUACUUCACUGCAAGCAAUAAUAAGAGCAAUGGCUGCACGGAAACAGUAUGAUUUCACAAAACAAAACAAAAUAAAACAGCAAUAGUUAUACAGUCUCGGUGGUGCGGCCAUAGAGCUAUUUCAUAUGCUAGGCGAGCCAUAAGGGCAAUGGUUUUUCUCCAGAGUGGAUGGAGGAGAGUGGCAGCUACGCGAGAGCUUCGACAACUGAAAGUGGCUUCAAGAGAAACAAGCACACUUCAGGAAGCAAAGAGUAAGCUAGAAAAGCUAGUGAACGAACUGAGAUCAGAACUAGAGAUGGAAAGACAUCUACGAGUUUCCUUGGAGAAAAAGCUGGAACAGUUAUUGGAUGUUAUGCAAAGCCAGGGUGAUAAAACAAAUAGUCUACUUGAAAAUGAAGCUGCAAGAGCUUGCAAGCUUGAGGAUGAAGCUGCUCAUAUCGCAAGUGAUGCUGCUCGCAUCGCAAUCGAUGAAUCCUUCUCGACCAUGAAGGAGAGAGGGGUUACAGUGGAAGAAGAUUUAGGAAUGACCGAAGACUCAAAUUCUGAUGUCAAAAGAUUAAAGGAAUUGUUACAAUCUGAAAAAAAAACGAGCUGAUGUCAUGGAGAGACAGUAUGCUGAAGCUUUGGAAUCAAUUGAAGGAAAGCAGCUGAAGUUAGAAGAAACUGAAAGAAGAAUUCACCAAAUUCAGGAAUCACUGAAUAGUGUGCCUCAGGAUGAUGUACAGCAUCUCUGGCCAGUUCUCAGAGCUACAAAUGUUAUUGUGUGCAUCUACAUCAAGUUCAGCUUUGGCUAUUGUUUCUAAGAAUGAAAAAGGUGAUAGUUCUUCCACCUCUUCAGAAUCGACAUCUUCUGAAUCUGAUUUCACAUUCCCAGCCCCUGCUUCAACCCCAGUAGACUUUUAUUCUGCCAGUUCUAGUGCUCUUAAGCUCAUUGUUGAGGAUCUUUCAGAAGCUGAGGUUUCAGGUCAGUCUAGUCCCUGAGAGGCCACAAACACUGGAGUUAGGACUUGACCUGGCAAAUUUUAUCUCUUGCCAUACGACCGUAUAGAAAUUAAAAUGUGUUUCACAAUGCUUGAUAUCAAUAUUGGAGUCAUUUUUUCUUUUAUUCUUGUUCUAUUCUCAUUAGCCUUCUAUGUAACACAUUUGAUCCAAAUCUUUAUUCCCUUCUUUGUUUGAAUAAAAUUGCAGUAAGAAAUUACAUUAUA